GUUUCGUUACCAGCAAUUUGCCACUUUGACGAGCUACCGACCGACCGACCGUUUCAGUCAUUUUCGAACAUGAGCGCCGUUGGUUUCAUUAAAAAUAAACGCACCGGUCCGGUUGUUGUCUGAAUAAUCAGAAAAAAUUAAUGAAAUAUGUACUUAAAAUACAAAAUAAAAAGAACAUAUGAAUUUUUUUGAACAAAAUUUGUUCAACGAUCAACACUAAAAAUAGACCAAACGGCUGUAUAUUUAUUACGUGUCUAAGGGAUUUGCAGUGCGGCGUUUGUGUGGAUAGCAACAACAUUCAUACAUACUUAUGUACAUAUAGGCAUUAAGUGCUCAUAUCAUUAUACAAAAAAUAUAUACUCGUAUAUAUAUGUAUAUGUAUAUGUAUGUAUAUAUACACAGAAUAAUAAAUGCUAUGACACUCGUAUUAAAUAGUGAAAUUGUGCUAAACUUGAAAUAUUAAAGUGGCUAAACAAACACGUUGCUACAGAAUCUAUGUGAAGUUUCCUAAAAACAAUUACAAAAACUAACUUCUCAAAAUGCCUGCAUCGAAUACAAUAGUUUUAAAAAGCCUUUCCAUACUGCUUGGAUUAUUCUUCAUUUUUGUCGGUUUACUUAAGUUGACACCAGCCAUCAGCAAGGAUCUAUUUAAGGAUUUGCGAACGGAAUACGUGAAAUAUGCAAAAGUUUUUCCUCUGGCCACAAUAUUUGGUCUCAAAGUACCCUCUAAGUGGUAUCGACGAACUGUUGGCAUACUGGAGAUAACCUGCGGACUAGCUAUGGCACUCAUUCCAUAUCAUAAAGUAAAAAAUGCUGCCAAUAUUACACUGCUGCUGUUGAUGAUUUUGGGUGUCUAUCAACACUGGAUGGUUAAUGAUCCGUUUGAGCGAUCUGGACCUGCGCUUGUAUUCACAUUUAUGCUGGGUGGACGUUUGGUGGUGUGGUAUCAGACAAGUCGAAAGGACGCUGAAUUAGCUGCUACCGCACAACCGCAAACAAAUGGAGUGAAGCAGGAUUGAGUCAAAAACCAAUAAAAUAUAACGAAAAUCAAUAAAGAAAUCCACAAUCAAUCAAUUUUAAUCAUGUGUGUGAGAAUAAUUACGAUAAAAAGAAUUUUCUUGCGUAUUACUACAUAAGAUUACGACGCAGUCUAGCAUUUGCAUAAAUGCAAUCAGCACAAUUUCAUACCUAGAGGGGUGUAUAUAUGUGAAUACAUAUGUAUGUAUGUACAUACGAGUAUGCACAUAUUUCGUCGUUCAUAUCAUUAAAGCCAUAAAGUAAUCUCUCUCCAAAUUGAAACUCAGCGCUCAAGCAGCAAAACAAUAUUUAUCUUCGGUGCCAAAUUAUAAUUUGCUUUUGUUUAAUUUUAACAAAAACAACUGUAAAUCCAAAAUAAUCGGUUUUCCUUAAAUAGUGCUCAAUGCAAAUCCUGUAAAGAAAUAAUUAACAUUAUACCCCCGGAUAAUUAUGAAAAGAUUUUAAUCGCUCGUUUCUAACGAGUACGACAUAAAAAUGAAACCCCUUAAAUGUAAAUUAGUUUUUGGAUUUUUAUAUAUGUACCACCAGAAAAAUAUUGGUUUCUUUUUUUAAUACAAUUCGCACGCAAUUUUAAUAAAACAUUCAAAUUAA